AUGUAUUUGCUGCUCCUUCUUUCAUCAAUUCUUUUUGCUGAUGCCAAUACAUAUGGUGAAGAAAAACGUGUUUCUUACUGUCCCACCACCAAGUGCUUUUGUCGGAAAAGGUCAACAGCGGAUUGCUCCGAAAGGAAUCUUUCUACCCUGCCAAGAGGACUCCCCAGGAGUAUAAAAACCCUCAUUCUUAACGGAAACAAUUUUCCUGAUUUGGAGGACAACGAUUUCAAUCCAGUAGCACAUCUGAAAUUAGAAAUUCUCAGAAUGAAGAACUGUAGCAUUGAAAGAAUUUCAAAAUUCGCUUUUCAAACUCUCAAAAGCCUUGUGAAUCUUGACUUAUCUUAUAAUAAAUUAAGUGGAGAUAUGCUAUAUUUAGCCACACGAUCUCUUGGUAAAUCGAGACUCAAAACUUUAGAUGUGUCUGGGAAUUAUUUUAAUGGAUCGGGUGAUCAAUUUUCUGGAUUUAGAAGUGAUUGGUUCUUACGACUAAGGGAAGUAUCUUUAAUAAACACAAAUAUCGAAGAUUUUAAUUUUUCAUCACUUUCCAAACUUAAAAAGUUAAAAAAAUUGAAUCUAGGAGGCAACAGAAUUACUAAGUUACAUGUCUCUAAGAAAACGGUAUUACCAAAGCUUCAGUAUUUAAGGCUGGCAAAUAACAGACUUAGAGAUACAGGUUUCUUCCAGAAAGGAGGGCAUUGUCUGCAGAAACUUACACAUCUCGACCUGUCACGUAACCCAUUACAUGCAAUAUUAUCUCGUUCAUUUGUAAAACUAACAAGCUUGAGUACUUUGAUUAUCGAACACCUCCAGGGCAAGCCAACUGUAGAAAAAAGAGCUUUAGAAUCGCAAAGUCUUCUUAAACUUUCUGUUGACAGUUUCCCAGGUUACAUUUAUCGAUUGUUUAAAUAUUGUCCCCAAUUGCAAGAACUUCACAUGAGAAGAAUGACAUUAUUUAUGACCAAUUUAACAGAGAUGCUGUCGCCUUUAAAACGUUUGAGAUCUCUAUUAAUUCGGGGUUGUGGCAUUAGGUAUAUGCCAUCUUUACAAGAAUUGUCAGAACUCCAAAGUCUUGAUUUUACAUCCAAUCAUAUACAAAGCCUACAAAUAAGGGACAUUGAAAACCUAUGGAACUUGGAAAAAAUAUACCUCGGUUGGAACUCCAUUUUUGCCGUUUCUCAGUCUUCUUUUCCAGAAUUUAUCUGGAAAAAGAAGAAACUUCGUCUAGAUUUGUCAUCAAACCCGUUUAGUUGUGACUGUGACCUAGAGUGGUUUUCAAAAUGGCUAAGAAAAAACAGCCAUAGAGUGAUUGCUUAUCCAGCACGAUAUAUAUGCAAAACACCAUUAAAGUGGCAAAAACAGUCUCUAUCAAAUGUUGAUUUUCACAUGUGUCAUCAGUUGAAUCAAAAUAUGAUUUUGUCCUUCAUCUUUUGUGGAAUAAUAUCAAUUAUUUCUUUUUCAAUUGUCCUUGUAUGGAAACUCCGAUGGGACAUAAAAUACUAUAUUCAUAUAUGGAGACGUAGAAAUCCCAAAAGAUAUACUAGACUGCCAUCUGUCGGGUAUCAGUAUGACGGAUUUGUUGCUUACAAUACACGUGACAGGAAAUGGAUCAUGUCGGAACUUGUCGAAAAUUUAGAAAAUAGAAGAAAAUACAAACUUUGUCUGCAUGAAAGGGACAUAAUUCCCGGAGGAAUCUUUGUUGACGAAAUUCUUGAUAACAUUGAAGUUAGUAGGAAAUUUAUUCUAAUAUUAUCUCCCAAUUUCAUGAGCGAUCAGUGGUGCCAGUACGAAGCAACCCUAGCAAAUCAUGCUCUGGUUGACGGUAGGGUUGGAGAAAUUCUUCUUAUUGUUCUAGGAAAACUCAUAUCUGAGCAUAUGACAAAUUCCAUGAAAAUUUUGCUGAAAUCUGUCACUAAUAUAGAAUGGACCGAAAAUAAAAAUGGACAAAAAUUAUUUUGGUCCAGAAUAACACAGCUUAUGGAUAGAUAA